AUGCCCGCCACAUUUGGCGGCAUACCGACAAUGACCGUCGAUGUGCCCGUCUGCUCAGUCUUGAUUGCAUGCUAUGCGUCCUUAGCUGCCACGCACCUGACUAUCUACAUCCGCAACCGAAGAAGAAAACGCUACUUCCGACCGAGCGUGCUUUUGUUCGCUUUCUGCAUGGCUCGAAUCGUUACUCUGUCUCUGCGGAUUGCAUGGGCAUGCCAUCCCACCAACCCAAAGCUUGCUCUCGCAUCGGGAAUAUUCCUCGCGGCUGGUGUCCUUCUCGUCUGGAUUAUCAACCGCAUCUUCGCAACAAGGGCACUGAGUGAAUACCACCCUUGGGUAUACCGCCAGCCGUUCAAGUUUUUCAUAACACAGCUUCCCUACAUAAUUGUCUUGUGUUUCCUUCCCAUGAUGAUUACCGUCGUCGUCUUACAAUCGCAGAACCCUAGUCCCAGUACUAUGCGGGCAGACAACAUCAUUCUGAAGGUCGCACUCGCGUAUUUCGUGGCGUUCACCUUUUCGCCCUUUGUUGUGUUCUUCUGGAUAUACAUCGUUCCGCCCCACAGAACCAAGGAAGAGGUGUACGAGUUGCAGCGACGGUUUGGCACAGGAAAGACCACCAAAAAAAUGGCAGUAAUUGCUCUCGCUACCGCGCUACUUGUGACCGAAUUGUGUUUCCGAGUCGCUACCAGCCUGCAAACUUUCCCCGUGACAGACGCCCCUGGAUAUUAUGGCAAACCAACGUUCUAUAUCGUCAUUUACGGCUUCGAAAUCUUGGUCCUCACUCUGUAUGCUGCUGCAAGGGUAGACAAGCUGUUUUAUUCAUACGGACCGCAUGAAACCCUUCCCGAGGAGAACGAGACGAUGGCGGAGAUGUCAUGA